AUGGAUCGCUUUUUCGCCGCGUUCCGCCACUUGCAGUCGAACCCGGAGUCGCUGAUGAACGGGGUGAGCGCUCUCUUGGCCCUGGCCGGUGUCCGGCUCUACGGCUCCUACCGAUUCAGCUGCCCGUGCCUGCCGCUCUACAACACGCUCUACGGGCUGGGCGUCCUGCUCCUGCCGCCAGUCGCUCUCUUCCUGUGUGGGGUGAUGGUGAACGGGCGCUGGGCGCUGCUACUGCUGGAGGCUCGGCGGCCGGAGGGCAGCCCGGGACGGGGACGGGGACGGGGACGGGAUGGGCAGGCGCUAAGGUACCUGCUUCUCUCCGUGCUCCAGGGCGCCGCCCUCGCCCCCGCGGCUUGGAUCAUCGUCGCUCUGCUGGACGGCAAGUGCGUCGUCUGCGCCUUCUCUGCCUCGGUGGAGCCCGCCCGCUUCGCCAACGUGAGCGGCUACCGGGAGGCCGAAAUCCGCUCCGCCCUGGCCCGCGUUCCUUGCAGAGACCUCGCUCCCGCGGCCCUGCUCCGACACCCGCCCUUUCCCGCCAAGGCCAUGUAUAGAUACCUGCGAACCAUCUCCCAGGCUGUGGGAUGGAGCGCCGCGUUGCUGCUGAUCCUGGCGGCCUUCCUGGCCCGUUCCCUCGGAGCCUGCUCCCGGCCCGCCAGCCACCUCCACGCCCGCUACUGGGGCAACUACCUGCACCUGGAGCAGAAGAUCUUCGAGGAGAUGUGCUGGGAGCACGCGCAGGCAUUCGCACGGCGCAGCGUGGGACAGUUCUUCACCAGUGGGCAGAGCGGCGCAGCGUGGAAGGGGGGCGACUGGGACAGGACGGGUGAGGGGGGUGAGGGGGGUGAGGAGGCAGCGUCCCUGCGGGGCAUCACUAACCGGGACCAACUCAACCUGCUGCUGCAGCGAUGGAUUGAUGCCAGGCCCCCCCUUAAUGUUGGGGGAGGGGGGGCAGACCUGAGGGGGGUGGUCGGGCAGACCCCAGCGUUGGGGCAGAACUCACCCCCCCGCUCACAACCACCACCCACACCCCCAAUGCAAGUGAUCAGCUCCCCGGUCUGA